ACACAGAGAGACAGAGGUGGUGUGGCUAGCUGCUGUCCGGUCCUGUCCGUUGACUCCGACGGGGACCUUGGGCUCAGAAGGCAGCGGCGAGACUCUGGCGGCCGUGGUCUUGAGGCCUGGCCCGAUCCGGGGGGUGGGCGCUCCGGGAGACAGUGGAAAGGAGCCCUUUCGGAGUCAACCAGAAGCCCGGAGGCGAGGAGGAGAGCGUGGCCACCAUGUUGGCGACGGUGCUCAGGAACAACCGGUUCUUGACCUCGCGAGCUAAAUGCUGCGAGUGCGGGGUGUCGCUCUCCCACCAGUACUACGAGAAGGAUGGGCGCCUCUACUGUAAGAAGGACUACUGGUCGCAGUUUGGGGAGCUGUGCCAUGGGUGUUCGGAGCAGAUCACCAAGGGGCUGGUCAUGGUGGCUGGGGAGCAGAAGUACCAUCCGGAAUGUUUCAGCUGCUUAAACUGCCGUGUUUUUAUCGGCGAUGGUGAUACGUAUGCCUUGGUGGAACGGUCCAAGCUUUACUGCGGGCGCUGCUAUUACCAGAUGGUGGUGACGCCGGUGAUGGAUCAGCUGCUCCCCGAGUCUCCCGGCAGCCGGAUCCCGCACACGGUCACGCUGGUGUCCAUCCCGGCCUCUUCGGAAGGGAAGCGCGGCUUUUCCAUCUCCAUCGACCAGCACAGCAAUUCGGAACACCCCCACACCGUGCGCGUCCGAGAAUUGGACCCCGACUGCAUCAGCCCCGAUAUGAAGAACUCCAUCCAUGUGGGCGAUCGCAUCCUGGAGAUCAAUGGGACCCCGAUCCGCCACGUCCCCCUCGAUGAGAUUGACCUUCUGAUCCAGGAGACCAGCCGCUUGCUGCAGCUCACCAUCGAGCACGACCCCCACGAAGCCCUGGAGGGCAGCCCCCCCUCCGAGUUGCACAGCCCCCUCCACUCGCCCAGCCGCACCCCCUGCCCAGAACCGGCUGCCAUUCGCCAGCGCUCUGUCAUGAGAAGUUGCAGCAUCGAUAAGGCUCCUUGCUCCAGCAACUUGGGCUCUCCCGCCUCCCAGCGGAGAGACAUCGGCCGCUCGGAAUCCCUCCGGGUCGUCUCGCGCCCUCACCGCAUCUUUCGCCCCUCGGACCUCAUCCAUGGCGAGGUGCUGGGCAAGGGCUGCUUCGGGCAGGCCAUCAAGGUGACGCACCGGGAAACGGGAGAGGUCAUGGUGAUGAAGGAACUGAUCCGUUUUGAUGAGGAGACCCAAAGGACAUUCUUGAAAGAGGUGAAAGUGAUGCGGUGCCUGGAACACCCCAAUGUGCUGAGGUUUAUUGGGGUCCUCUACAAGGACAAGCGGCUGAAUUUCAUCACGGAGUACAUCAAGGGCGGCACGCUCCGAGGGAUCAUCAAGAGCAUGGACAGCCAGUAUCCCUGGACCCAGCGGGUGAGCUUCGCCAAAGAUAUCACGUCAGGCAUGGCUUAUCUCCACUCCAUGAACAUCAUCCACAGGGAUCUGAACACCCACAACUGCCUUGUGCGCGAGAACAGAAGCGUGGUGGUGGCUGAUUUUGGCCUCGCCCGGCUCAUGGUGGACGAGAAGAACCAGCUUGCAAGCUUGAAGAAGCCAGACCGCCGGAAGCGAUACACGGUGGUGGGAAACCCUUACUGGAUGGCCCCGGAGAUGAUCAAUGGCCGGAGCUACGACGAGAAAGUGGAUGUCUUCUCUUUUGGCAUCAUACUUUGCGAGAUCAUUGGGAGAGUCAGCGCGGAUCCCGACUACCUGCCUCGAACCCUGGACUUCGGCCUCAACGUCCGGGGCUUCCUGGACCGCUACUGUCCGCCCACCUCCCCGCCCAGCUUCUUCCCCAUCGCUGUCCGGUGCUGCGACAUGGAUCCUGAGAAACGGCCUUCCUUCAGUCGGUUGGAGCAGUGGCUCGAAGCGCUCCGCAUGCAUCUGGCCAUGCAGCUUCCUCUGAGCCCACAGCUGGAGCAGCUGGACCACGCCUUCUGGGAGACGCACCGCCAGUCCGACGGCGGCCUGCCCGUCCACCCGGAAGUGUCAGAAUGAGCUGCGCGGAGCCCACACAUUGGGGGGGGGGUCUGCCACAUGGGCACCCCCUCGCCGAGCGUUUCCCACCAGCCACCUCCAGUUCCCCUGGCCAGAGCCGGUCUCUGAGCCCCAGAGGCGUCCCACAACACCCGUUCACCCCCACCCCACCCCCUUUCCAAGAGCUGGCUCUCUCUGCUGUGUGCCUGGCACGAGCCGGAAGCAGCAACGGAAGAGGGCGGUGUGGGGGGGGGACACACCCUGUCUCCUGUAAAUAGUCCUUGUGAAUAGACACCGUGCCUCCCUGGGGCGCCUCCGGCAAGGUGGAGGGGACGGGAUGGCGCCCGACACCCACCCCCCGCCCUGCACCGUACCUGCCUCCUCGUGCGCUUCGUGGUUGCGGGAGCUCACGCACGCUGCUUCACCGAGCACGCGAGCUUCUGUCAUCGGCCGGUGGCUGCUCCCAAGCUGGCAUUGCUGGGGGGGGGAGAAGCCCCCCUGCUCCCUUCCCUUCCCACCCCUCACGCCCCCUCCGGACAUCCAUGGCCUUGUCCUGGACAGACAACACCCCCCCACACACACACAAACACACACCUCUCUUCCCCUCCCAAGUGGUGCCUUGGCUUAACGUGGACUUCCACACCCAGGUUCCCUCGCCCCGUGUCGCCGUUCUCCAUAUUGGUCCCCUCUGUGAGAUACAUCCGUGGCUGCCCCACUGACGCCCACGCUCGUGCAUGGCCUGGGUGAUGUGCCCCCCCCACAGAGUCUGGUCUCUCUCUCUCUCCCCCCGUGUGUGCUCGUGUGUGCGCGUGUCCCCCUGUGCGCGAGAGCUGGCGUGAAUCUUCACUCCACCUUCCGUGGUACUGUGCGUGGCCCGCUCAGCAGCUGCUUUUCCAGAGGAAAAAGUGUCGUGGCAACUUCCUGGAGGAGCGAUUUCAAACUGCCCUCCCUUGAAAGCUGCUUGAGCCACUGCAGGGCGCCCGAUGUGUCUGUGGUGUUUGUUUGGUGGCCGUCGGGUCUGCGCCACGGGGGCUCCCCCUCCCCAUUCUGUAGCAGGGCCGUCCCAUUUUUCUACCCAGACAAGAGUUCCUAGCCACAUCUUCUUCGGGAGAAGGCUUGGAGACCGUCUUUCCCAGUUUGUGGCCCGGCCAACUUCUACAGGGAGGAACACAACCAGUGUCGCCCCUCACGGGCCUCUGGUGUGACCCUGGUGAGAAGCCACGGCCGCCUCCUGGGGCUUCUGGCCUUUACUGUGCCCCCUUCCUCCUUUUCUCCUGCCUCUUGGCCAGUCCCUGGCAAGCGCAAGGAGAGGGCAUAGCAGGCCCCACUUGGCUGGCGGUGACACCUUCAGGGUGGCCGUGCCAUCAGGGUAAAAAAAAAACCUUUCAAUCUCUUUGGAAAUCUUGACCCUGGCAGCGUUUUCCAGCCUCCCAGAAUGUGUGGCGAGAAGGAGCGCACAAUGGUGCCAAGAGUUGACACAGCCAUAAGAAAUGUGUUCCUAUUUUGGCAGGGGGGAAAAAAACCAAUGAUGUCCAAAUUCUUACCCCGAGCUGCUGGUUUUCUGCAGGCAAUGUCUUGAGACAUUGACAAGAGGAGGACAUUAAGUGAUGCCAUUUCGUACCUCCUGUCCGAAUGAUGAUCCCGCCAGUUUUAGAGAUUAGCCAGAGGUCUUGUUUUCUUGAAGGACGGGAUGGGUGGGAGGCACCCGGGGCUGGGUUUUAGCAGGAAAUGGGGCAUUCGUCGGAACCCGAACCAGGGAAGAAUUUCUGAAUUUGCCUCAGGGUCCACCAUGACAGAUAUGAGUGAAGUGUGUGAGAGAGGUUGACCCAUACAUUAUGGCACCCUAGACCGUUCAACAGCUGGCCCCUUCCAGGUUCUGGCCUACAACACCCAUCAUCCCCUAGAUAGCUGUCUGGGGGUUUGUGGGAAUUCUCGCCCGAGAUUCCUGGAAGGGGCCAGGUAUGGGUUCAAAAGUCUGACAAGGUGCUUUGCAACUCUUGCAAAGUAGCAAUAGAAGGAUAGUGAUGUGUAAAGGUGCGUGAGUUGUGUUAGCUAGGAAAUUUCAGGGGCAAAGGGAACCUGCCUCUCGUCAUGAGAAACUGGGGGGGAAAUUUUUGGGACAAUCCCUCGGAUGUUUCCCCAGGCAUUCCCCUGCUCCUUGAUGUGUGUUCCUUGUUUUUUUUUUUUUCAAAAAAAAAAGAGGAUUGGUUCGUAGGUGAGAUCCUCAAAGCGGCCACCCCGGGCUCUUUAAUUUUUAACCCUCAGGACCUUGCAGGAUGAGAGACGGUCAGCAGAAGAAACGAGUUACGGUUGUGUCAGACAGACGGGACAGCUACACAGAACGUUGCUGUUUCUCUCGGACGGGCCAGUUCAAGGCCGUUCCGGCUGCAGGGAGUCUGUUUUCUCCCUGCUUAAAAGGACCCCGAAAUCCCUAACCUCUUAAAAAGUAGAGGAAAUGAACCCCAGAACUCUGGAUUGCCAAGGAUUUAAAAAAAACAAAUGGGUGGCUGUAUGUCCCUCAGAGGCUGUACUCCUCAUCGUGUGGUGCGAAUUGAGCUUCCUCAUUGUUUUUUUAAUAAGAGGCAAUCUGCUCUUGUCAUUGUAGGAUGUUGUCUCUUGGAAGGCUUCCCUGAAUCCCGUCUGCAAACUAAAAUCAGGCAUGAAUUUGGAAACCCUGCCUGCCCGAGAUAUAGAAGAACAGAACUUUUUAGCUGUCACUUUCUUAUAGAUAGACAGAAAAGCUGAAUGUUGGGUUUUUUU